GUGAUUGAUCUUGGAUAUUCAUUUCGUACUUCAUCGAUGGAAAGAGAAUUUUUGUUUCACAUGACUGGUGGCGAGGGAGAAAGGAGUUAUGCGAACAACUCGUCAUUACAAAGAACAAUAAUGCUUAAAGCCAAAAGCAUGCUUGAAGAAGCUAUAAGAAGACUAUAUUCUCAUUCUUUUCCAGACUGCAUGAAGGUGGCAGAUUUAGGAUGUUCUGUAGGACCAAAUACUCUUCUUGUAAUGUCAAAUAUUAUUGACAUUGUUCAUGCUGUAUGCGUUGGUUUGAAUCGUGAACCACCAACUUUCCAAUUUUAUCUGAAUGAUUUAUUUGGAAACGAUUUCAAUACCAUCUUCAAGUCACUUCCUGAUUUCUAUACCAAAUUGGUGCAAGAUAAGGGUUACAAGUCUGGUUCUUGCUUUAUCAAUGCCACUCCUGGAUCCUUCCAUGGAAGACUCUUUCCCAGCAAUUCCAUAAACUUAUUUCAUUCUGCCAACAGUGUGCACUGGCUCUCUCAGGAUCCAUUUCUAGGGUUAAGUAAGGAGGCACUUAACAAGGGAAACUGUCACAUAGUUAGUACAAGCCCUCCAUCCGUAUACACAACAUUCCUUAAGCAAUUCCAAAAAGACUUUGAAUUGUUUCUGAAAUCACGUUCAGAGGAACUUGUGCCUGGAGGAGCAAUGGUCUUGGUGUUACUUGUCAGAACUGAAACUCCUAGAAGAAGCAUUUAUGAAACAAUUAGUGUCACACUUAGUGACAUGUUGUUAGAGGGUUUGAUUGAAGAAGAAAAAUUGGAGUCCUUUAACAUACCAAUAUAUGAAGCAAAAGUUGAGGAAAUAGUACAGGUGAUUCGAGAAGAAGGGUCCUUCUUUAUUCAAGAAUCAGAGAUUGCCAUCGUGCCUUGGGAUGCGAGAAAAAAUGAAGAUGGUGAUGAAAAUAUAGGAGCUGCUGAAUUCAUAACGAGUUGCAUAAGAGCAGUAACGGAACCUCUCUUAGCUGCUAACUUUGGUACAAAAAUUAUGAAUGAAUUGUUCAUUAGGUUUCAGAAGAAAAUUGUGCAACUGAUGGAGGUGGAGAGAUUGGAAUAUGCUAAUUUGAUUAUAUAUCUUAAAAAAAAAUUGCUCAUAGAUGUAUUGGAAUAGUUCUUUGGUAGUUCAGUUUCUAUUUGGUGAAAUAAAGUUAUGCAUACACUCUUCAAGACUAA